AUGAAUGCUAACUGUAGUACUAACUCUAUCUUUGACAUACUUUCACAUACAACACCAAUUCAUACUUAUCAAAGUACAUCGUUAAAUUUACCUGAUAAAGAUCAAAUUCGUGUACAUGUUCGACGUGACGGUUUGAUUGAAAGACAAAGAUUUAAUGCACGAGUUUGGAGACAAUUAUGUAAAUAUGAUGAUGGAGAAGAAUGUCCGGUAGUUGUUGCUUAUAGAAGUCUUUGUGUUCGGCAUUAUCAUCAAACAUCAGAUAUAACUGUUAAUGAAUCAAAACGUAGACAAUUAAUUCAACAAUCAGCAACUGCUGCCACAUCAUCAAAGGCAACAACAACAACAGCAACAAUGAUACCAUCAAAAAAUCUAUGUUAUUAG